AAUACGGGGGGAGGCGGGGCUGUGACAGGCAGACGGCAACGCUGAUGCUACUAAAGCAACACGCUGCUCCCAGUCCCGCUUCCGUGCACAGGAGGAGGGGAGCGUAGCGUAGCGUUGUGCUGUGUUUGGGGAGUCCGGGCAGCGCCGGCACAGGCAGGAUAAGGCGGAGAGUACAUCGUCAUCCUCAGGCUUGGCUCAUUGGGACGCUGCUCAUAUAUUCAGGCUGGCGGGAAUGUUGCGGAUUGCUGCAGACAUCUCUGGGAUAUAGCUGACAGCAUAGCGGGCGCUGCUGCUACCUCUGACCUAUAUUACCCUGCUCUUGUGGAAGAAGGGACGCUGCUGUGCAUGGUGCCGAAAAUGAGGGAAAGUAUGCCACAGACACCAAUAUUUCCCAGCAUGCUUGGCUCUGCCUGUAGUGGGCAGGUGCAGCCUGAAAUGGGGGAGCAGUGUGGAGAUCCAGUUUACCAAGAUGGCUGUCUGGUAUCUGGGUCCCUGGAAACAUUGAUUGAACGGCUUGUGCCCACCGUUGAUUACUAUCCUGAUAGAACCUAUAUCUUCACAUUCCUGCUUAGCUCGCGCGUCUUCAUCCACCCCCAUGAGAUUCUUGCAAAAGUGGGACAAAUUUGCAUCAAACAGCUGGAAGCUGGGACAGAGGCUGACAAGGCCAAGCUGAAGUCCUUUGCAGCUAAAAUCAUCCAGCUUCUGAGGGAGUGGACGGAGACUUUUCCCUUUGACUUUCAGGAUGAGAGGGCCAGGAAAGAGUUGAAGGAAAUCGCACAAAGGAUCACACAAUGUGAUGAGGUGAGAAGCACAAGCAUGCUGGUGGCUACAGAGAUAUGCAGGGUGGUAAAGAAGAAGCAGAGGACAAGAGUGAUGGAAUUCUUCAUAGAUGUUGCCCGGGAAUGUUUCAAUAUUGGCAAUUUUAACUCCACGAUGGCCAUAAUUUCUGGUAUGAACCUUAGUCCUGUGGCACGACUUAAGAAGACUUGGUCAAAGGUCAAAACAGCAAAGUUUGAUGUCCUGGAGCACCAUAUGGACCCAUCUAGCAAUUUCUGCAAUUACCGCACAGCACUUCAGGGGGCGACUCAACGGUCACAGAGUGCCAAUAGCAGCCGGGAGAAAAUAGUUAUCCCAGUUUUCAACCUGUUUAUCAAAGAUAUCUUUUUCCUUCACAAAAUCCACUCCAAUCGUUUACCGAAUGGACACAUUAAUUUCAAGAAAUUUUUGGAGAUUUCCAGGCAAAUUCACGAUUUCCUUACGUGGAAGCAGGUGGAAUGUCCAUUUGAGAAGGACAAGAAGAUACAAACGUACCUGCUAACAUCGCCAAUCUACACAGAGGAAGCUCUCUUUGUGGCCUCCUUUGAGAACGAAGGUCCAGAUAAUCACAUGGAGAAAGACAGCUGGAAGACUCUCAGGUCAACACUUCUAAACAGAGCCUGAUAGAGGACUCACAAGGCACCUGAAGCACACAGGAUUCUUUUUGUUUGUAUGUUUGUUUUUUCUUGUAAUGUGCAGAAUGUUUUGGUCAGGAAGACGGUCCUAGCUGGCUGGGGAGGUCUGCUGAUUUUGUACAUAAUCUUUUACAGAACUAAAUACUGGUAUAUAAAUUAUAUAAAUAUAUAUUUCAUGCUUUAAGCACUUAUGAAAAAUCUGAAAUGGAUACAGGUUUUCUUAUGGUUUUUUAUUUAAAAAAAUAAAUAACCCUCUGCUGCUGGGAUGCCAGCUAGCAGAAUGCAGAAAUUUAUAGCUGUCUGAGUACAGAAUAAUGCACUGUAUUAGCCUUUUUUUUGCAAAAAAGGUUAACCCCAUAUAUGCUAUUAAAACAAACAGAUGGGCAGGGCCCUGUUUUCUGAAA